GCCCCGCACAGCCCCGCACGGCCCCGCCGCGCCGAGACAAACCCCGGCCCCCCAACCCGGCGGAGGAGAGGCKUGAGCGCUCGCCAUGCCGCUGGUGAAGAGGAACAUCGAGCCCCGGCACCUGUGCCGGGGGGCCCUUCCCGAUGGGGUGACGAGCGAGCUGGAGUGUGUCACCAACAGCACCCUGGCUGCCAUCAUCAAACAGCUGGGCAGCCUCAGCAGGCACGCUGAGGACAUCUUUGGUGAGCUGUUCAAUGAAGCCAACAGCUUCUACAUGCGGAUGAACUCGCUGCAGGAGAGRGUGGACCUGCUGGUCAUCAAGGUGACACAGCUGGACUCCACUGUGGAGGAAGUUUCGCUGCAGGACAUCAACAUGAGGAAAGCCUUCAAGAGCUCCACGGUGCAGAACCAGCAGGUGGUGUCCCGCAACUCCAUCCCCAACCCGGUGAUGGAGAUGUACCAGCGCUGCGACAAACCCCCGCCGCUCAACAUCCUCACACCCUACAGGGAUGACAAGAAGGACGGCCUCAAAUUCUACACCGACCCCUCCUACUUCUUCAACUUAUGGAAGGAGAAGAUGCUGCAGGCGACAGAAGACAAGAGAAAGGAGAAGCGCAGGCAGAAGGAGCAGCGGCUGGUGGAGGACUCCACCCGGGAGGUGAAGAAAGUGAGGAAAGCCCGCAACCGGCGCCUGGAGUGGAACAUGAUGGCAUAUGAUAAAGAGUUCCGGCCCGAUAACAGGUUCUCACCAUCCCCCUAUCACAUGGCGUCAUCGGAAGGAUCACUGUCCCCAGAUAAUAGAUCCUACGCGUCGGACGCCGCCGACCACUCGUACCCGGCCAGCCCCAACCACCCCGCGCAGCUGCUGGCCCCGGCGGCUCACCUGGCCCCGGCCGAGCACAAGGAGGGGGUGCUGGCGGCCACCAACCCCCCGGAGCACGUGUUCCGGCCACCCGCGGGCAGCCGGCAGAACAGCCUGACCCGCCUGCAGCAGCCCCACGCCCCGCCGCCCCCCGAGGCCGUCCUCAACGGGCCCCGGCCCCACCUCGUCAAGGAUUACGGCGGGCCCCCGGCCGUGUCCGCCUCGCCGGCGCACUCCGCCUCGCCGCCCGCCCCCGCCGUGGAGCCGAGGAAGCCGCAGAUCCCGCUGAUGCCCAUGAGCGACGCCCGGAGCGACCUGCUGGCAGCCAUCCGCAGGGGAAUCCAACUCCGGAAAGUCCAGGAGCAGUGGGAGCAAGAGGCCAAAAAAGAGCCGGUGGGCAAUGACGUGGCGACGAUCCUGUCGCGCCGGAUCGCGGUGGAGUACAGCGAGUCGGACGACGACUCGGAGCUGGACGAUAACGAGUGGUCGGACUGAGGGGCCCCGGGCUGGGCUGGCUCGGGGCUCCAGCUCCGUUCCAGUGUUGUGGGUUCUGCCUGUGGUGACACGAGGACGGAAAGGUAGGGACGACGUCGGUGGCAGCACGAGCUUCCUUCUGUACAGGGUAGAGAGGAAACCUGGAGCGAUCCGAGGCACCGCUUGUAACUACAUUUGUUCAAGAAAUGUCAUCUUAACCCCAAACUGUUGACACUUUAUGCAUGUGCUAAUUAAAUCUUAAAAAAAAAAUAAAAAAAAAAAAAAAAAGAGGAAAAAAAAUUAAUAAAGAUUUUAAGAGG